GUUUCAUAUAUUAUCAUUAAGUAUGUAUUCGCCGGAUAUCGGUAGAAAACCUUGUUCAAGUUGGUGUUGAGAAGUAUAAAAUUUAUCAUUGACCAAAGCGGAUAUUAUUAGUUUAUUACUACAUAUCUAUUUUGUUAAUAUGAGUGAGGAAAAAUGUGAUAAGGUUGACGCCGAUGUUUCUCCCGAUUGUGUUAAAACCGAAUGCCCCAAAGUGCUUGCACCAUUACGAAAAAAGCGACCUUCUACAAAGCUAUUGGUGAAGUCAACGGAUUUGAAUAUACUAUGCAAAGUUUGUGGAGAUAAAGCGUCUGGAUUUCACUAUGGUGUCCAUGCAUGUGAAGGGUGCAAGGGAUUUUUUCGACGGACCAUUCGACUCAAAAUUGAAUACGAAACUUGUGUGCAGUCAUGCAAAGUCGAUCUUAAAAGUCGGAACAAAUGUCAAUUCUGUCGAUUUAAGAAAUGUGUUGGACUUGGAAUGUCGCGUGAUGCAAUUAGAUUUGGCCGAAUGCCCAGACAUGAGAAGCAACAAAUUAUUCAAGAAAUAGAAAAAAAAUCUAACAAGACUGGCUCCACCUCGGGAAAUGUACUUGGCUAUCAAAAGCUAAUCACAGAAAUAUCGGAAUCGUUUUUGCAACAUAUUUCACUCACGCAAGAGCGAGUAAAUGCAUGUUGGGAGUCGAGAAAAGCACUUGGAGAUAAAGCAAAAACAUUACACACAUUUCAUGACAUUCCUGCGUGUUUCCCGAAUUUGUCGACAUAUUAUGCCCAGUUUAAAUCAUUUACCACGCAAGAUGACGGGAAACCCAUGGCUCCUGAAAUGACUCUAAGUGACCAUUUGAAAAGCUUCUUAAAUUCCACCAACCGAAAUAAAUCAAAUGUUUCUAACAAUGGCCAAAGCAAACCGGUUAUGGAACCAGCACCAGACAUCCAAUCAUCUGAACUUACCAGUUCAAGUCCCACUGAUCAGUUAAAUUCAAGACCAAGCACUUCUUCAACCCCCAGCCUAAGCUCACAGCAACAUAGUUUUGAACUAAAAGGAAUUUUGGAUUUUAUCUCCAUGCCUCCAAAUAGUAGUUCACAGCGAGAUCCUUUCCACGGUACAAUGCAAAAUUCAACAGCCAAUGGGUCUUUAAACAAGCCAAGCAAAUGCGACGACAAAUUGGAAAAGGAACCCAGAUUAAAAGAAACUCCAACUAAUGCAUCAACUGCCUUUCAAACUAUGAAGAAUUUAAGCAACAUCAAAACUUUUCAAUCUAUGUAUGAAACAAUAUGUUCCCCCUCUGGUGAGUCGUUCAAAUUAUUACUUGAACAAAAUCCUGGGUUUUUGGAAGGCAUGGACCCGACCAAACUGGUUUCUCCAUGUGAUGAAAUGCUCACUCCUGAUCUUAAAGCGAGACUCCUGUUUGCAUCACAAGUUUUUAAAAAAAAUAUUGGAAAAGAUAAGCCAACGAUCUAUAAAAAUGUUAUUGGAAGCAAAAUAGUGCAGAUUCUUUACAGUGAUUUUCAAGCAAGGGUUGUCAAUGGAAUAUGCGAGCUUACUGAGUUUGCCAAGCGCCUUCCAAAUUUCCAUGAUAUAUCUCUUCAAGAUCAGGUAAUUCUAUUAAAGUAUGGAAGCUAUGAGACCAUGUUUGUACUCUUCAGUCGAUUAAUUUAUGGAGAAGGCAUGAUUUUACCCAAGUCCAACAUAUACGUCACAUUCAACUUUGUGUAUCAACUUGGUGUUGCUGGAGACAUAAUGAAAUCGAAAUUCUUAUUUGCCAAGAAGAUGUUGGCACUAGAACUAACAGACGAUGAAAUGGCUCUCUUUGUUGCUAUGAUUAUUCUCUGUCCAGAUCGACCCGAAAUCAACGACCGCAAAUUGGUAGAGCGAAUACAGGAAAAAGUUUUAUUUGCAUUGGAAUAUCAGCUCUCUAUAUCUCACCCUCACAAACCAAGGUUGUUCGCCCACUUACUUUUAAAGAUGGCGGAACUCCGGGAGCUGGUAUCGAAGCAUGUUGUCAUGGUGCAGAAAUUGGCGGACGCUAAGGAUUUCGUCCCACCUCUGCUUUGUGAGAUCAUGCAGGACAUGAAAUAACGAUUUUUGCGCACGUAUAACGUGGUUUUGGCUACUCUAUGCAUAUUAAAGCUCAAGCUGAGAUUGUGGGGACAGCUUGUUCUAAUGUGAUGGGUAUUUAUUAUUUCCUUCAUGCAACCAACAUUGUACAUGAGAUUUUUUUUUAAUUUCAAGAAAGAAUUGUAAUUAACAAUGCUUUUCAAAGUUACAUACAUUUAACUCCCAAUCUAGUUUAUAUUUUUUGUAACGUGUUUCCAGUGUGUGUUGUAAAGUGGUGAUGUAUUGUGCAACUUUUUUGUUCCUCCGGCGCAAGUGAAUAUUUGUUUUGAACCUGCCACUGUGAUGUUAAUUGUUUUGUAAUUUAUCUUUUAUCGCAUUGGUACUAUGGGUGCUUUUUUUUGUGCUUUUCCAGGUUAAGACAAGCUUUGUGUUCUAAGUUUUCGGUAAAUUAGAGCUUGAAAUUGAACAAAGAUUCCAUUUAUUGUAUAAGCGAUAUUUCUGUACUCCGUGCAAAAAAUGCCAUGUUUUAUAAUUUAUUGCUCUCAAGAAAUCGAAAAUAUUUAAGCGACUUUGUCGAUGCCGCUAUCGGUCGUGGAUAAAUAGGGUUGAAUUUCCGAGAAAGUAUAAUGACGAUUAAGUUAAUGAAAAUAAAAAUAAUUAUUU